AUGGGCUGGUUCCAUAUUUUAUUUCGGCUACCUAAUUGGUCAACCUAUUGCCAGUCGUUGUUUUCAAUGGUUUCCAUCUCAAAGUAUGUUGGAGCUUGUCUUGUAAUGUGGUCUGUCAUUUUGGUAUGUACCGCUGCUGCUCAUAACUUUGCUGGUCUUGCCUGUAUUAGAUUUUUCUUGGGAGUUUGUGAAGCCACCGUCUCUCCAGCUUGGGUUAUUUUAACUUCAAUGUGGUAUAAAAAAACUGAACAGCCAGUUCGUGUUGCAAUUUGGUACUGUGGUAAUGCCAUAGGUGUCAUUUUUGGUGGCUUGAUUGCUUAUGGAUUGGGACAUAUAAAUUCCAACAUAGCCAGCUGGAAAUGGUUCUAUAUCAUUUACGGUAUCAUCACUUUUUUUUGGGGAAUCAUCAUCUAUUUUUUCUUACCCGAAUCAAUUGCAUCAUGCAAGUUUUUGAAUGAAAGGGAAAAGCUCGUGGCAAUUGAACGGAUUAGAGAAAACAAAACUGGUAUUAAAAACAAUACUUUUAAGUGGGAUCAAUGUAAGGAGGCAUUCCUUGACCCACAAGUUUGGCUUCUAGUUUUGAUCGAGUUUGUUGGUUGUUUACCAGCGGGUGGUAUUCAAAAUUUUGGAAAUCUUAUCUUGCAGUCUUUUGGUUUCACUUCUUUCCAGACAGUAUUGAUCAAUAUGUCUUCUGGGGUAGUUCAAGGUUUAUUCUUAAUAUUUUCUGGUAUUAUUGUUGGAAUUGUAUCUAAUUUCGGCUUGUCAUGUGCAAAGCAUUGCAAUGUUUCCUUGUAUCAUUGGUACAGCAUUGGUAUCACAAGUUACCAAAUCACCCCAAUUCAACUAGAGCUGGUAAGCUUGUGGCUUUUUGGAUUCAAUAUGCAAAUACCGCUAGUGAUGUUGGUAUUUUUACGCUUAUGA